AUGCUCCUUGUCCAAAUCUAUCAGGGAGUCCGCUCCCGCACCUGGUCCUACCUCGCUUGCAUGACUGGCGGGCUCCUUCUUGAAGUCGUUGGCUACGGCGGACGCCUCAUGCUUCACUCAAACUCGUUCAAUUUCUCUGCUUUCCUCCAGUACCUCAUCUGUCUUACCAUCGGACCUGCCUUCAUCACCGCAGCCAUCUACCUGUGCUUUGGCAGGGUCAUUAUUGUCUACGGCGAAGGCUUCUCCAGGAUUAAAUCUCGAACAUAUGCCAUCAUCUUCGUGGCCUGCGACCUUCUAUGUCUCAUUCUCCAGGCCGCAGGGGGAGCCGUCACUGCCACCGCAGGACGGGACCAGGAUGACCUCCGCCAUACCGGGGUCAACAUCAUGAUCGCAGGUAGCGGCGCAGGUUGCAUCGCUGGGGGCGUUCAUGGCGCUUGCCAUCGAUUACCUGUGGAGACUGCGCCGACAUCGACAGUCACAGUCCUGCAUGCUCUCAUCCGGUGGCAGCUGGAAAUGGGGAGGGUUUCUCUGGGCCAGGGUGGCCGCCCCUAA